AUCAUUAAAUAAUUGUAAAUUGAACUUCUAAGACAUUUCAUGGAGUUAACAUGACAACGUUCCAUGCUACCAGGCCUCGACAGUGGGAAUCACCAAGAUGGCCGCCGGGAGCGUUCUCUCUGGUCGGUUAGCUUUAGUUACUGGUGGUGCCAGUGGUAUUGGUCGAGCAGUUUGCCAAGCUUUAGCAACAGAAGGAGCAAGUAUCGUAGUUACUGAUCUUAACAUUGAAGGAGCACAGGACACUACUGACAGCCUUUCAAAACAUGCCAACAACAAACACAUGAACUACUCUUUGGAUGUGGCAAGUGGAGAAGAGAUACAAAAAGUGCUUGAGUGUAUCAUCAGUGAGUAUAAGAAGCCACCAUGUAUCUUAGUCAAUUCAGCUGGAAUCACAAAAGAUGAAUUCUUGAUAAAGAUGGAUGAAAAAAAAUUUGACAAAGUUAUUGAAGUGAAUCUCAAGGGAACUUUUCUUGUCACUCAAGCAGUGGCUAAACUGAUGGUCAGUCAAAGAGUUACAAAUGGAUCUAUCAUAAAUCUUGCCAGCAUAUCAGGAAAGAUAGGAAAUCUUGGUCAAGUAAAUUAUGCUGCGUCCAAGGCUGGUGUUGAAGGUUUGACAAGGACUUGUGCAAGGGAACUGGCAAGAUUUGGUGUUAGAUGUAAUGCAAUUCUGCCUGGCUUUAUUAAGACUCCAAUGACAGAUGCUGUCCCAGAGAAAGUUCUUGAACAGGUAAAGAAACAGAUCCCUCUUGGGAGAUUUGGGCAGCCAUCAGAUAUAGCUGAUGUGGUAACAUUCCUCGCUUCUGAGAGGAGCAGUUACAUUACGGGAGCAAGCAUUGAAGUUGCAGGUGGCCUUGCCAUGUAGUUACCAUGCCGUUUGCAGUUAGACGACUUUUUAAGACCUCGUGUACAACGUAAAAAUAAAUUGAUGGAAAUUUCAGACUGAUAAUUCAUACUCGUAAUGUAUUUGAUAACUGUGAUUACAUUUUUAACUUAAAGUUUUUAUUAAAACAAUAAUGUAUUUAAAAAGUCGUUUUCCUGGGUGGACAACGGUUCGAUGGGAAAAUUUAAUCAAAUAUAACGGAAUGUUAAUUUGUAAACAGUUGCAACGAUCGAGAAAGUGGUUGAAGAGAAAAGCCGAAGAACUGAAUUUUACCCUGCCUAAAGCACCUGGUAACCAAUCAAUUUAUAAUUACAAUGUAAGUUUAUUUAAAUAUUUAAUCAGUUCACGGCUUGCGCGCGUCCACCUCCACGGAUGAUGACAAUGUCAAAUUGAUGUUCAUUCUUGAAAGAUUCUCUCGGGUCUUCUUUAAUUUACAGUUAUGACCUGUUAACGGGCCAAAAUCAUUUUACAGAGUUCAGCUUUCUUUGCAGAAAAUUCUUUUGAUUAUUUGUCGAACUUCUCUUCGUAUAUCUGCUAUUCUCCACAUGUAAAGUAGCGGAUUAAGAGAGGAAGACAAAAAUGCGAGCACAACUGUUACCUCAAGAACUGCAUAUAUAGUCAUGCUGGGUUCUUUUUCAGAAUGGAUUGAAAUAAUCAUCAAGAGAAUAGCCAUGGGCAAAUAACUGAAAUAAAACAUAAGCAAGAUCAAUAAAAUGGAAAAAACUGA